CUGGUCAACAUCAACAAUGAUUGCAUUCUCUUGUACAAAAUGUGUUUAAGCAGCAUUCAGAAUUUUUACUGCAAUAAAAUCAUAUGAGGAAUUUUGUAGGUGAUAAAUUCUCCAUAAAAUUUUAACAACAGGUUUAACAGGAGUGUCACACUGAUGUAUUGAGCUUUCACUUGGCAAACAGCGAAAAACGUGAACGAGGGACUUUAAGGUGAUCACACUGUAUAUGGCAGUGAUCAAGACUGGAUAUUUAUUUAGGAUUUGAUAGCAAGUUAUUGAUCUAAUAACUGAAUUGAAUCUCAGUAUGGCAACUGGGCAGCAAUUGAUCAAUGGGAACGCAGUGUAUGAGGCCGAGGGUGAAGUGGCUGAAGAGAAAUCACCACUAGAUUUUAUAUAUAUUUCGGAAGACAAAUUGAAAUAUAUAAAUAAUGACUACAAAAAAGUAAAUGCUAAAAUGUAUGACUAUAAAUGUGAUGUGAAGCUAACUGUGGGAAAAUCAAACUUCAAAGGACAUAAAAAGGUCCUUGCAGAUGCAAGUGAUUACUUUGCAGCUAUGUUUAGUCAUCAAAUGAAAGAGAAAGAUGAAACGGUGAUAGAUCUGAAAGAAAUUAGUCCAGAAGGUUUUGGAGCCAUGUUGGACUACUUUUACCAUGGUCAUGUGACUGUAGAAGCCAAAAUAGUUCCAGAUAUUUUAGAAGCUGCUAGAUUUUUUCAUGUCCAAUGGAUUUUAGACAUCUGUUGCGAUUACAUGAUUCGCCAUUUAAGUUUGAUAGACUAUCAACUCACAAUGCAUUUAGCUGACAAGUUUUCACUAGGAGAUUUAAGAUGGGAAAUUUUCAAGUACUUUGGUCAGAAUCUUCCAGCGCUUCUAGAGAAAGAGACUUUCCUACAGACGUGUUCAGCAGAUUUGUUGCUUCAAUUCCUUAUGGAGUACAUGUAUGUUGAGGUGUCUGAAAUCUUUCUUCUACAGUUGAUUCUAGACUGGGUGAAGGUAGAUGAAAACUCAAGGAAGGAGCACCUUGUACCACUGUUGCUGCAACUUAGGUUUCAUACCAUGUCCUUAGAAGACCUAGAAGAUAUUCCGCCAGAAGUUCUCGCUCUUCCAGAGAUAUGUGAGGAGAUAGAUGAUGCCAAGACGUUUUCCCUGAACAUACCAGCACAGUGCUUGAAGGUUGGAGACAAAUAUUUGAGCCGUGGAUCAAAGGAAGUAGUCUUUAUUUCAAUGUUUGAUGAUGAAGCGGAAAGUAACACGGUUGUAUACAAGGACCUGGAGAACGAGGACUCUGAUUUGUUUAUAGAACAGCUUGGACGUGUUGAACUGGAUGCUGACUACUCUUCCAUGACCCAGACGAAGCUUGGCAACUUCCUGUUUGCUGCUGGUGGUUAUGACAAAGACUACAAGAGCUGUUCUCGAGUAUUCAUGUAUGACCCACAAGGUAGACAUUGGACUGAAGUGGCUAUGAUGUUACAGCCAAGGGUUUCCUUUGCUUUGUGUAGUUCUAGAAAUAGACUGUAUGCGGUAGGUGGGGUUUACCAUACAAUGGGUGACAUCGAGGGGGGAGAACAGAUUUUGAGAUUUGUUGAAAUGUACAACCCAGAAGACAACUCCUGGAAAGCACUUGCAGACCUUCCUUUCGGAGUAUUUGAUCAAGCAGCAGUCAGCUGUGAAAAUGUAUUGUAUACAAGUGGUGGAAUAAGCGAUUUGCCUGAACAUACCAUUCCAAUAUGUUCAAUGUUUAGUUUAGAAGAAGGUGCCAGUGAUUGGACGCCAUUACCAGAUAUGACUGUUGCACGCCAAGGGCAUAGCAUGACUGGACAUUGCGGCAAAAUAUACAUUAUUGGCGGGUAUACUUCAAAACCGAACACAUCAGGCUUUACAGAUUGUAAUAUCAAUGAUAUGUUUGAUAUAGAAACAAAACAAUGGACAUCGCUAACAUCAACACCUGAAGACUUAGGCCACCUCUAUCGCCAUACAGGUUUCUGCGGAAACACAAUUUACUUUUUAUGCAACAGAGACUCAGAUGUAUACAUGUGUAGCUUUGACACAGAAAAACAAGAGUUUGGUCAAAUUGUUUUUGUUGGUCAUGGCAUACAAAAAUGUAAUGUUCUGCAAGUGGCUUAUCCUCAGCCAUAAAAGUGCCAAGGUGAUCAAAAGAUUUCAGAAAUAAUAUUCACUGUAGUGACCAUAAAUGUAUUUGUUUUCACACUGUUUAAAAAUGAAGUACCUACUGCUAGACAAGCAGUUUAAGACAUCAAACUUAAGAUCUGCUUUAUGCCCAUUCAUCAUGUAAUUGCUGUUAUAACAACAGUUUAUGAGAAUAUAUAAGUUGCUGUUAUAACAGCAGUUUAUGUGAAUAUAUAACUUGCUGUUAUAACAGCAGUUUAUGAGAAUAUAUAAGUUGCUGUUAUAACAGCAGUUUAUGAGAAUAUAUAAGUUGCUGUUAUAACAGCAGUUUAUGAGAAUAUAUAAGUUGCUGUUAUAACAACAGUUUAUGUGGAGAUGUAAGAUGUUGUUACAGCAGCAGUUUGUGUGGACAUGUGAGAUGUUGUUACAACAGUAUGGAGAUGACAGCUAGGUACUGUUUAGGAUGAAAACUUCCUAAAAUGAUUGUAUUUAUUAAGAUCUUAGUUGCAAUUUUAUAAACAUGCAUUUUUUAAAGUUUUGUUUACAUCAGUAGAUAAUUUGUAAGAUGAUAUUGAUAUGUUGUACCUGUGAUUGCAAAGAAUAACAACCCUUGCUUCAGGCAGGAAUUUAUCGGGUACCUGUCAGGUGUAAAGAAUGUCAGUGUAAGGGAGGUAAUUAUUGAGAAAAAAUUAUUGUUUUCACAACUAUGACAUACACAGAUAGGGUAUCUUCAUCUAAGUAUGAUUUCCUGUCAAGGCCUCCUGAAAUUCCUUUGCAUAACUGAAGCACAUGUUUUUGUCAGCUUAUUUACAGAAAAAAUAACAUUUGAGCCGUGCCAUGAGAAAACCAACAUAGUGGAUUUGUGACCAGCAUGGAUCCAGACCAGCCUGCGCAUCCGCGCAGUCUGGUCAGGAUCCAGGCUGUUCGUUUUUAAAGCCAUUUGAAUUGGAGAAACUGUUAGCGAACAGCAUGGAUCCUGACCAGACUGCGCGGAUGCGCAGGCUAGUCUGGAUCCAUGCUGGUCGCAAACCCACUAUGUUGGUUUUCUCAUGGCACGGCUCAUUUUACAUUUCAGUAAUUAAGUUAAAUAUGGUGCAGUACCAGUAUACUACAUUUUUGCUUUGCAAAAAAGUCUUAAUUAUCAACAGAUGUCAUAUUCUUGCCUAUCCAGCAGGGAAAGUAUACAUUUGUCCAAGCACACGUCAGGGGUAGAUAUUCCUCUUUCCCUACGGAAAAACCUUGUCUAAAAUUGCUUGCACUUAGGAGAAGUUGUCACCAUAAUCUGUUUUGAGCGUGAUAGGCAAGAAAAAUGAUCUUACAUGUCUUCCUGUGUAAAACAUCUGUUUUCCCAACCUUCGGGAGAUUUAGAUAAAAUACCUAACUAACGCUCAGUUUCCAAUUCCACACUGUCCCUUGAGUAGGGAAAAAACCAUUUUACACAGACAGGCAUGUAAGAUCCUUAUAGUACAGUGUAUAUCACAAAGUGGUUAAGUGAAAAUUUCACUUAAUUUUAUCUACAUUCUAUAUAUAAAUAAUGUGGUAUAUGACUAUGCAUUAUUUGCAUUCAUAUAUUGAACAUAUCUUUUGUUUCAUACUUCUGUUAAGUUUGCUUCUAAUGUAUUACCUAUGGGACUUGAACCUCUCACCUUUCAUGGUAACACAGAAAAUAGUCUUACUAAGAUUUAAGCACAUAAGCUGUUUGGCCACAUAACUUGAUGAAUUAAUAAAUUAAUUUUUUUCAUGUGUGCUAUAGUUAGUUUUAUGGAAACAAGAGUCUCAAUAGCUUUACUUUGCUAAGUAAUUUUUGUGUGGCUUGCUUGUUUUACUAAAUUGGCUUUGCAGAGACUUGAGCUAGGGUUCAGAUAUAUUAAUACAGGAUACAAGAAGCUUUAUUUAUUGUCAGAUUAAAUAUUAAAAAUAACAUAAGCUCAUGAGCUAAUGCCAACUGUGGGUGGAACCACACUCUGGCCACUUGCAGCAGGUCGCUGCUUCUGACGAGUUGAAAUUUAAACAAAAAAUGAGCCACGCCAUGAGAACUUUGCGACCAGCAUGGAUCCAGACCAGCCUGUGCAUCCGCACAGUCUGGUCAGGAUCCAUGCUGUUCGCUAACGGUUUCUCUAAUUGCAAUAGGCUUUGAAAGGGAACAGCAUGGAUCCUGACCAGACUACGUGGAUGUGCAGGCUGGUCUGGAACCAUGCUGGUCAUAAAGCUACUUUGUUGAUUUUCUCAUGGUACGACUCAGAUCAGUUUUUGAUGUAAUGUUACUGGAUGCUUAAGGCAGCGACUCCUUAAUACUGGUGGACUGUCAAUACAGGUUGCCACAAAGGCAGGUUCACUUGUAAAACAGAAAUUAACAAGCAAAAAGUACUUUAAAGGAAAGAUUAGCACAUUUUUAUGUUAAAACAUUAAAAGUUAUAAGUGAAUAUGACCAGAUAAGUGAUCAAGACAAAACAAUAUAUAUAUAUCAUAUUUAUAGAGCAUAAAGGGGGCAUAAAAGUAAAGGUACAGGGCUGAAAUUCAACUUUGAAGAGCAUCUGCCCAUAAGGCAACUGUAGCUUUACUUGCCUGGACAAAAUUUUAGCUGUGCAGGUAUAACUUUAGUGCCUACAAUGUGGUAUUGCAUGUCGUAUAAUUUUGUUACGAUGGCUGUUUACAUGAGUUUCACAUUCUGUUAUUAUGCCCCCCUUUGAAAAAGGAAGGGUAUAUUGUUUUGCAGAUGUCGGUCGGUCGGUCGGUCGGUCUGUCGGUCGGUCGGUCGGAAUGUAGACCAGUCCGUUUCCGGAUGAUAACUCAAGAACGCUUGGGCCUAGGAUCAUGAAAGUUGAUAGGGAGGUUGGUCAUCACCAGCAGAUGACCCCUAUUGAUUUUGAGGUCUGUAUGUCAAAGGUCAAGGUCACAGUGACCCUGAAUAGUAAAACGGUUUCCGGAUGAUAACUCAAGAACACUUGGGCCUAGGAUCAUGAAAGUUGAUAGGGAGGUUGGUAAUGACCAGCAGAUGACCCCUAUUGAUUUUGAGGUCAGUAUGUUAGAGGUCAAGGUCACAGUGACCCUGAACAGUAAAACGGUUUCCGGAUGAUAACUCAAGAACACUUGGGCCUAGGAUCAUGAAAGUUGAUAGGGAGGUUGGUAAUGACCAGCAGAUGACCCCUAUUGAUUUUAAGGUCAGUAUGUUAAAGGUCAAGGUCACAGUGACCCUGAACAGUAAAACGGUUUCCGGAUGAUAACUCAAGAACGCUUAGGCAUAGGGUCACAAAAGUUGAUAGGGAGGUUGGUAAUGACCAGCAGAUGACCCCUAUUGAUUUUGAGGUCAGUAUGUCACAGGUCAAGGUCACAGUGACCAGGAACAGUAAAAUGGUUUUCAGGCAAUAACUCAAGAACGCUUAGGCCUAGUGUCAGGAAAAUUGAUAGUUAGGUUGGUCAUGACCAGCAGAUGACCCCUAUUGAUUUUGAGGUCAUUAGGUCAAAGGUCAAGGUUACAUUGGCCAGGAACAGUUAAAUGGUUUCUGAUCUUCUUGUCCAAAACCAUAGGGCCUAGGGCUUUGAUAUUUGGUUUGUAGCAAAAUCUAGUGGUCCUCUACCAAGAUUGUUCAGAUUAUUUCCCUAUGGUCAAAUAUGGCUCCACCCCUAGGGUCACAUGGUUUAUAUAGACUUAUAUAGGAAAAAACUUUGAAAAACCUCUUGUCCAAAACCACAUAGCCUAGGGCUUUGAUAUUUUGUAUAUGACAUCAUCUAGUGGUCCUCUACUAAGAUUUUUCAAAUUAUUCCCCUAGGGUCAAAUAUGGCUCCGCCGUGGGGGUCAUGGUUAACAUAUACUUAUAUAGGGAAAAACUUUGAAAAUCUUCUUGUCCAAACCACAAAGACUAUGGCUUUGGUAAUUUGUAAUGUAGCAUCAUUUAGUGGUUCUCUACCAAGUUUGUUCAAGUUAUCCCUCUCGGGUCAAAUAUGGCCCCGCCCGAGAGGUCAUAUGGUUCAUAUAGACUUAUACAGGGAAAAACUUAGAAUCUUCAUGUCCAUAACUUACAUCAUUCAAAUUUGGACCACAUGUAUAGUUUUGAGUGGCAAGAUGAACCUUGACAUGAGUUGACUUUGAUCUUGACCUAGUGACCUACUUUCAUAUUUCUGUACCUACAGCCUUCAAAUUUGGAUCACAUGCAUAGGUUUGUGUACUGAAAAAAACUUUGACCUUGUUAUUGACCUAGUGACCUACUUUCACAUUUUUGAAGGUACAGGCUUCAAAUUUGGACCACAUGCAUAGUUUUUUGUCCCAAAAUAAAAUUUGACUUUGAUUUUGACCUAGUGAUCUACUUUCACAUUUCUCAAGCUACAGCCUUCAAAUUUGAACCACAAGCAUAGUUUUGUGUACUGAAAUGAACUUUGAUCUUGAGAUUGACCUAGUGACCUACUUUCACAUUUCUGAAGGUACAGGCUUCAAAUUUGGGCCACUUGCAUAGUUUUGUGUUCCGAAAUGGAAUUUGUGUUUACAGUGAGUAGAUAAUUUCUGUUCCUUGUGCAAUUACUGAAUGCAUCAAGGGGGGCAUUUCGUGUUCGACGAGCUCUUGUUUUGUUUUGUUGUUAGACCAUAAGAAAGAGAAGUGGAAAGGAUAACCCAAAACUGAAUGUAAAUAGCUGUAAUUUGAUCUAAUCCGCUUUCUUUCGGGCUGUAUUAGCCCUUUAUCAUGGUUGUUCUUUGUUAAAAAUUGUUAAAUAUACAUUUUAUGGUACUGAGAAAAAUAUAGCUAUCAUGUUUUAAGAAUUGUUUCAUUGUUUUAUUUCUUCAUAUUUAUGAUGUUAUGCAAGGAAUAUUUGAUUUUUGUAUUUAUCUUUUUAUUUAAAAAUCUCUUAUAUCUAAAUGUUAUAUGAUGUACUGGGAACACUUUUUAAUCAUGCCACAUCUUUUACUUUUCACAUUACAGAGAAAUCAUUUAAUUUCAGGGGCACUAAGCUCAGGGGUUCUGACUGUUUCAUUGGUAAAUGAAUUCAUGAAUUUCAACUUUAGCUUAAUAUUAUCUAGGUGGCCUAGUGGUAACACACUUGACUGUUAGUCCAGAGGCCCAGGGAGCGAAUCCCAGUUCAGGCACUGGAAAUAUCUGAGAUGCUCCUGAAUGUCUUAUACCUAACUAAGAGAUCAAUACUGUCUUUGGCUUCGCAUGUAUCGGUGCUAUAUAUCAGGCACGUGAAAGAAUCAGAAUGUCUAUUCGCAAAGAGCUAGGCUAAGUUAGCCGGACACGCCUGUAUAUAAGGAUUUCUCUCUGUUUGUUGGGGCUUAAAAGUGUCUCACUCUGUCCCUCUGGUCAGAUCGCUGUGUCUGUACUAGGAGAGGAUGAAUUUGACGUGCUGAGUGGCUGUCUUUGCAUUAUGUAAAGUGCCUUUGUGUGCGUUUAUCAUAAAAAAAGGCACUAUAUAAUUCUGGUAUAAUGAAUAAUAUAUAUAUAAAUAAAUGGGAAUUUUAUUUGAUUAUCCACCGCCACGAGUGGUGGGGGGUUAUAGGAAUGGUCCCUGUCUGUCCUUCUGUCCGUGACGUCCAUCCAUAACUUAAACCCCUUGAAGGAUUUUCAUGAAAGUUGGGUUAAAUGAUCACUUCAUCAAGAUGAUUUGCAGAGACGUUGGCUCAAGGUCAAGGUCACAACUCGAGGUCAAUGGUUUGAGUCUUCUAUUUUGUAUCCGCUCUGUAUUUCCUAAACCCCUUAAAGGAUUUUCAUGAAACUUUGGUCAAAUGACCAUUUUAUCAAGAUGAUGUGCAGAACUCAUGAGUCGGCCAUGUUGGCUCAAGGUCAAGGUCACAACUCGAGGUAAAAGGUUUGAGCCUUCCAUUUGUUGUCCGCUGUGUGAACUUGGCUCAAAUGAUCACCUCAUCAAGAUGAUAUGCUGAACUUAUGAGUCAGCCAUGUCGGCUCAAAGUUAUGGUCACCAUGCACUCAAGGUCAAAGGUUUAAGCCUUCCAUUUUGUGUCCGCUCUGUAUCUCCUAAACCCCUUAAAGGAUUUUUAAAUUCAUUGGUGCCAUCAUACAUGGACUAUAAAAUAUACUUAACAAUGUCUGCCCAAUACAAUCAACCCUUCCACUAUCCAUAACAGUGGUGGGGGAUAUGGCUGUCUUUCAGACUGCCUUGUUCAUUGGGAUUUAAUUCUGGAUUGACUCCACCUCAAAAUCCAUGAAAAUUAGUCCCCCAAUGAAUAUAAAUGAUUUCACAGUGUACAGUAAGUUGUACCUGUAGUUUUAAUAAGAUGUAAGAAUUUGAGCUUAGUUGCUAAAUAUAUAUUUCUUUGAUUCAGUUCUGCCCUAUUGGUUGCUGCCAGUAAGUUAGUGUUUUAGUUUCUUGAAUAUCUUAACGGGCCUCCUUAUUCUUUUUUCGCCAACCAGUGAAACCAACGGAAAACAGGCAAAUAUUUAAUGGAUGUUGUUAAGGAUGUAAUUUAAAAUCCUUGGUAACGUGUUUAAGUCAAAAUAAUAUAUCUCAUUUAUUUAUUUGCUUUUGAAUAAAAUCAUUGUCUUUCAGAUGCAUAUUAUUAUAUCACUCUGGCUGCACCCUCGUGAUAUAAUUCGUUUGCAUCUGAACUCCAAACAGUGAUUUUAUUCAAUAACAAAUCACACAGUGAGAUAUAUUAUUUCUUAAUUAAUGCAUUUUUGAACUUUGAUGAGUAUAGGUCACUUCUCAGCUGAAUGUUUGGGAAUGGGCCACCUUGAUCCAAGCCUUACAAAGUACAUACCUUAGUUAAGAAAUAGGUAUAAGAACACUAAGUUAUAAAAGAAUUUGAAAAUUGUUACAUGCAAACAAAUGUUGGAGUUGGAAGUCAGGGCUUUCCCUACUUUCUGCCAUUUUUUACCAAAUUCUUUGCCAAAAGAGUUCAAAUUGAUGGCAGAAUUGAGCAGAAGCUGUUCAAAUGUGUGGUUCUAAAAUGAGUGUUCUUCACAAAAUGCAAUGAAAAGUGUAGGCCCUUGAAGUAAUGUCACAUUGUAUACUAGUAUGUAAUAAUAUUUUCCCCGAUGUUGGAUGGGCUAAUAAUGGUAUAAUGUUAACAAGGGCAUUGUUUGAAAUAUAUUUGUUAAAAGAUACAUACUGUAACAAAAACAGUUGAAACUUGGUAUCUCGAAUUCCUAGGGAUUAAGUGUUCGACUUAAGGUAACCGAAAUUCAACUUAAAAUGAUAUUUUGUGCACAUGUUUUGGAAAGGGCCUUGAAAAUGUCUUUGAGAUAUACGGAAUUUUGAGAUAAGCAAGUUCGAGAUGUAGAGUUUCAACUGUACUUUAUAACUGUUCAUUCCAUAUGUUGACUGUUUUGUUUUUAGCUUGACCUUUCGCAGAAAAAUUAGAGCUAUUGCACUCACCCUGGCGGUGCCAGGGUCGUUGGUUAAAGGUUUUGAUAAAGUCAAAUAUCUCUGUUACUAUAAAGCUUUUGACUUGAAAUUUAAAAUAGAUAUUAACUAUCAAAGUCUACACCAGGAGAAACAAUCCCCAUAACUCUGAUUUGAAUUUUGACAAGAGUUACGCCCCAUUGUAACAUAGAAUUUUUUGGUUAAAGUUUUAUAGUUUUUACUGGCAAAGCUCUAAUUCAGAGUCAAGCGCUGAGAAAAGUCGAGCGUACUGUCUUACGGACAGCUCUUGUUAUAUAAUAUGAUCUGAUUGUAAGGUUGUGAUAUCUAUAUGUUAUAUAUACUUGCUAAUUUUUUUUUAAAAAUGUAGUUAUUGCUUAAUGAUAUUUGUAUUGCAGAAGUAUUAAAAGUUAUAGAAACAUAGAAA